AUGGAGGAAGCCCGGCAGGUUUUCGACGGGAUGAAAUCCAGGAAUGUGGUGUCGUGGACGGCUUUGAUCCUCGGCUAUGUGGAGAAUGGAAGAAGUGAGACUGGCUUGGAGCUGUUCGAAAGGAUGGAGAGGGAAGGGUGUAGAGCCGAUGCUCGGACUUUCGUGGCCGGGAUCAUGGCCUGUGGGAAUCUGGCAGCCAAGGAAGGUGGUCAGGGGAAUUCGUUAAGCGAUGGAAGAGUUCUAGCAGGCAAAGAAGAUGCUUCUUCUGGAAGAGUUCUAGCAGGCAGAGAAGAAGGUUCUCCUGGAAAAGUUCUAGCAGCCAGAGAAGAUGGUUCUUCACGGGAAAAGUCUUGGCGGGAUGAGAAAGAUGUGAAGAAGAGGAUCAAGUUACAAGCUCUGGAAAGAGGGAGAGAGAUGCAUCGACGAGCUGCCGAGGCUGGCUGCGAGAUGAACUUGUUCGUGGCGAAUACUCUGGUGGACAUGUACUCGCGGUGUGGGAGCCUGGUCAAUGCUCGAGCAGUGUUUGAGAGGAUGCCGUGUCACAGCUUGGUCUCGUGGACGGCACUUAUCCAGGGUUGUGUGGAGAAUGGAGAAGAAGAGAGAGCGCUGGAGCUCUUUUCACGAAUGCAAGAGUCGCGAGGAGGGUCUUUGCCGGAUGCUCAAACGUUUGUGGCCGUUCUCGUGGCGUGUUCUGCUCUGGCAACGAAAGAGAAAGACAUAUCCACCAGCAGCAGCAGCAGCAAAGAGAGGAAAGCUUUUUUGAAAGAGAAGGCGCUGGAAACAGGACUGGUGCUUCAUUCCGAGGCCGAGAAAGCUGGGGUCACCUCCAACAUCUUUGUGGCAAACAAGCUUGUGGAUAUGUACUCCAAGUGUGGUGCGAGAAGAGCUUUUGACAGGAUGGCUUUCCACGACGUUGUGACUUGGACGUCUCUCAUCCUGGGAUAUGUAGAAAGCGGAGAAGCAGCAUUGGGACUGGAACUCUUUGAUCUCUUGGUGACAUCUCAGCAGAUUUUUCGAGAUCCUCGGUUCUUCGUGGCCUGUGCUAGUUUGGUGGAGACGAGCAAGGCUGACUGCCUGGAAAGACUGGCUUUUAUUCACUCUCAAGCUGGGAAGAGCGGGUGUGACUCGGACAUGUUCGUGGCCAGCACUCUGGUGGAUUUUUCUGGGAUAUGUGGAGCGAGGCCAGGGGGACAUGGCUCUGAUGCUUUUCUCGGUGAAGGUUGCGUUCCAGACGCUCGGACUUACGUCGCUGCCUUCAUGGCUUGUGCGAGCCUGGCCGAGCAUAAAGAAGUGUCACUAGAUGGAAGAAAGGUCGAGGCUCUCCAGGAAGGAAAGCGUCUCCACUCGGAGGCUGUGAAGUGUGGCUUUCUCUCGGACAAGGUGGUGGCAAAUUCCCUGGUAGACAUGUACGCGCGCUGCGGAAGUAUGGUGGAAGCUCGAAAAGUUUUCGACGAGAUGCCGAGUCGAGACGUGGUUUCGUGGAAUUCACUGCUGCUAGGAUAUGUUGUUAACGGGGAGAGUGAAGUGAGUUUGGAGCUGUUCGAGGAAAUGCAACGCAAAGGCUGCGAUCCGGACGCUCGGACUUUCGUUGCUGUUUUCAAGGCCUGCGGCAACCUGACAUCCGAGAAGGAGGAGUCGAAGGCUGAGUGGCUCAAGCGAGGCAGUGCAUUCCAUCUUCAAGCUUCUCAGUGCGAGCUGGAUUCUCACAUCUUCGUGGCCAAUAGUUUGAUCGACAUGUAUGCCAAGUGUGGAAGCUUGGCCGACGCUCGAGCAGUCUUCGACCAAAUGCCGCUCCACGACUUGGUAUCCUGGAGCACUGCUCUCCGGCUACGCAGACAGUGGAGAGAGCGAGAAAGCUCUCGAAGUCUACAAGCUCAUGCGCAAAGAGGAGAGCUCCUCGUGCCGGCCAGAUGCUCGAACUUUCGUUGA